UGCAGUAACUUCCUCGGACAUGUUCGGCUCAGUCAUCCGCGCCUAUUUGGAGCAAAACGACCUCAUGAGCUUCGUGCGCGACACCUGCUCCGUGGACCGGGAAACCGACAUCGUCGACGACGACGACGACGAAGACGAAGACGACGGCGUCAACGUCGACGACGUCAGGGCCAGGGUGACGCGGAAUUGCAACAGCAGCAGGUCUUCCGUCCCGUCCCCGGCCCCGAACGAUAAGCAUUUAUCGUUCGGGGGAAACGACGUCCGAACCGGGUCCGUUUCAUCCCUGGGGGCCAAGAAUAACAGCAGGAACGGAAGUGUCGACGGUGUCGAUAGGAAGUCCCAGGACAUGCACAAGUCUGUCGAGAGGGUUUCCAGCAGCGAACGUCGAAGACGAGCUGAGCAUCGACGGCCUGCUUCCAGGAGUAAAGUGCCGGCAGAUUUUUCGGAUCUGGACAGCGUUACCAAUUAUGAAGCCACGUCCGAGGAAGAAGAUUCGAUUGCUGGCAUCAAUUCUUUGGCUGAUGAGAGAAUGACGAGUGAUGGUGACAUUUCUGUGGCCAGUUUCGGCAGUUUGGAUCCGAAACGUGUCGCCCUUUUCUUCGACGUAUUUAAAGAAUAA